CCAGAUAUGAACACAAAGCCAUAUUUCCUUCUUAUCUGGAGACAAGUCUUAUUAAACAACUCUCAGUUAGAUGGUCAUGUUUUCCCUUUUUCGUUUUAGGUGUGUUGUUCAUCUCUCAACAAAUGUGCUUUGGAUAGGUUAAAGAGGGAAUGGACAAUAGAAGCUACUCUAAUCUUCCAGACAAACUGCCUGUCUUCUCCGAUUCCACCCACUUGCCACUGACCCGGUCCUUCUAUCUGGACCCCAUGGUCACUUUGCACCUGUACCCCGAGGCCCCGGUGCCAUCCCCUUACUCUGAAGAGCUACCAUUACUUCCUUUUUCCAGUGACUCCCUGAUCAUGGAAAAUUAUGGUGAACCCUGUGCCUUCUCUUUUCCAAUGCCUUAUCCAAAUUACGGAAGGUGUGAAUAUUCUUAUGGGCCAGCCUUUAUCCGGAAAAGGAAUGAGCGGGAAAGGCAGCGGGUGAAAUGUGUCAAUGAAGGCUAUGCCCAGCUCCGACAUCAUCUGCCAGAGGAGUAUUUGGAAAAACGACUCAGCAAAGUGGAAACCCUCAGAGCUGCAAUCAAGUACAUUAAUUACCUGCAGUCUCUUCUGUACCCUGAAAAGGCUGAUCCCAAGAAUAACACUGGGAAAGGUCCCUCAAUAAUGGCAACCACCAGCUGCCAUACUGACCCCAUAUUUAGAAUCAUUUGACUCAGUGUUUCCAAACAGACACAAAUAAUUCCACAAAAUGGGGUCUCAUACAGCAUCAUUCAAUAAUUUUUCCUGAAUAUGAUUUCCAUGUGGGCAGAUAGCUCAAAUGCUAACCUAUACUGGAUUUUAUUUACCUUGCGUUGAAAUGUACUAAACAUUACCUUAUGUAGAUAGAGAAGAUGCUUCUUAAACUUUGGUCAUCUCUUUCAAGAACUUUAGGGGAACAGGGAAUCCCAAGGUUCUCUGUCCUCUCAUUCUGUCCUCCUCAUACACUUGGCCAGAGCCUCAGUUGUGAGAAGCUCUCACAAAAGCAUUGUAAAAUAUAACUAAUGACUACGUACUGUUUGUCGUGCACCUUGCAGAUUUUUUAUGCUAAACAAUUACAGUGAACCUUGAUUUGUCAAAGUUUGGUGGUUUUUAUUCUUUGGGAUUGGCAAGACAUCUAUACUUUAUCCAUACCAUGAUGAAAAAGAGUCUUGGGGCUAAAGCAAAAUUAGUUUACAAAACCUUGUUGUCCUUUGAAAUUAUUUCAGUCCUCUUUUUGCUACAGGCAAAAGACUUCCCCAGACAGCUUAGUA